CCUUAAUAAAAUCGCCGAAUGCGCUAUGGCAAGAAUGUGGAAAGGCUUUGUAACAUUUGGAUCGGCCACAGCAGGAAUAUUUGGCAUAUUCGUCAUUAUCCGAAUAGAUAAAAUCAUCAUUGACACCGCCAUCCAUGGAUACGCCCUGCACACCGCUUAUGGAUGUAGUAUGCACCUCCUGGGAGCUGUAUGGAGUUCCAUAACCCAUCUGCUUCUUCAUCUGGCUCAACCUAAGAGACGACGCGAGAAUGCUGAAGGACCACCCCCAAACCCACCUCCCAAUCAACCAAUGAGAGAACCAACAAUCGAAUCACCUCGCCCAGCAAUUAUAAAAUCCUUCAUCCGCCCCUCAUCAUUGUCACCUGACAUCGAACGAACAACUAUUAAACUAACGGCGCAGGUAACGAUUAAUACUACUAAUUAUGAAACCUUGACUAAGCGUUUAGCGGACUUGGAACAAAUUCCUCUAAAAACAUCGUAAUUUGUUCUAAAAAAGGGAGAG